AUAUAUACAUGGUUUUAAACUAGUUGGAGGACACGAAUGUUUGGCAUCAAAAGCAAAAGGGAAUCAUCGAUGAAGGAAACAAUAAGGUAUUUGGCAGGCAUUGCAGGGCCUAGUGGUUUUGGCUCAAAUUCAACUGCAGAACAAGUCACUCAACAUUGCUCUUUAUUCAUCCCUUCAAAUCUAACUGCUCUCAUCACUGGUGCUACUUCUGGUAUUGGAGCUGAAACGGCUAGGGUGUUGGCAAAAAGAGGAGUAAGAGUUGUGGUUGGUGCCAGAGACAUGAAAAAGGCUAUGAAAGUGAAAGAAAAAAUCCAAGAGGAGAGUCCUUAUGCUGAGGUUAUUCUAUUGGAGAUUGAUCUUAGCUCUCUUGCUUCUGUACAAAGAUUUUGUUCAGAGUUUUUAGCUUUAGAAUUGCCCCUUAAUAUUCUCAUAAACAAUGCAGGAGUGUACUCUCAUAACCUGGAAUUCUCCGAAGAGAAAAUUGAAUUGACAUUUGCUACAAAUUACUUAGGACAUUUUUUGUUAACAAAAAUGCUACUGGAGAAAAUGAUAGAUACUGCAAAUAAAAUAGGCAUUCAAGGAAGAAUAAUAAAUAUUUCUUCAGUAAUUCAUAGCUGGGUGAAAAGAAGUUGCUUUUGUUUUAAAGACAUGCUCACUGGAAAAAAUUACAAUGGGACACGUGCAUAUGCUCAAUCCAAAUUAGCCAUGAUUCUGCAUGUGAAGGAAAUGGCUAGACAACUAAAGGCAAGGAAUGCAAGAGUAACUAUCAAUGCAGUGCAUCCAGGCAUUGUGAAGACAGGAAUUAUUAGAGCACAUAAGGGCUUAAUAACGGAUUCCUUGUUUUUUAUUGCAUCAAAGCUGCUCAAAACGACAUCACAGGGUGCAUCAACGACUUGUUAUGUUGCUCUAAGCCAAAAAACCGAAGGGGUGAGUGGGAAAUUCUUUACUGACUGUAACGAGAGUAGCUGCUCAAGACUUGCAAACGACGAAUCAGAAGCAAAAAAGCUAUGGAACAAUACAAAUAAUUUGCUUCAUAAACGACUAAGACAAGCAGCAAUUGGAAGUUCUUCUUCCCUCUACUCUUGACCUUGUAUCUAGACAGACACCGUGCAUGUGUGUGUAUAUAUUAAUUUAAAAUUGAAAAAUUAAAACUACAUUAUAAUCAAGGGGAAGAGGCUUUAGAGUAAAUAAUACCUUAAUUUCUU